UAAAUAUACUUAAAUUUUCCUUUACAGAAUGAUUUUAUGAUCUUUACUGGGAAUCGUUCCAGUCAAUAUUGUAGUUGGAAAAGGUUGGGUGGAGUUGUAGGGUUGUAUCUGGCCAACUUCCAUGAGUCAUUCCAUAUAAAUAUUUUCAGAAAUGGGAUGUGUGCAGUAUCUACCGGACUGAAUAUCAGAUUUGUUCUUCCAAGCCACUCUGGGGUUCAGGCCCAGAAAAUGGAGAAGAUGCAUGUUGUUAUAUUAAUCCUUGCAAGUGCUUCUGGAAUCCUCACUCAGAAAACUCAGAAGAAUAUGGAUGGCAAGGUGUUUCUCUUCCCUAAAGAGACCAGUACAUCUUAUGUGCGUCUGCACCCAAUGAAGAACGGGCCUCUUGCCAACCUCACAGUUUGUCUCAAGUCCCACACAGAUCUGGCACGGACUUAUACUCUAUUUUCUUUGGCAACAGCAACCAAAGACAAUGACUUCCUCAUGUAUCAUUAUCCCAAUAAGUUUUCCAUAAAUGUAGGCAACCAACAAGUGAAUUUCAAUAUACCAAGCACUGUUGAACUGAGGAGCAUCUGUGUGAGCUGGGGGUCAGUGACUGGAGAAGUGGUUGUGUGGGUCAAUGGCAAUCCAUAUCCAAGACUGAUAUUGAUGAAAGGGUAUAACGUCAAUGCCAACCCCAUCAUUAUCAUUGGACAGGAUCAGGAUAAUUAUGGGGGUGGGUUUAAUGCUGCUCAGUCUUUUGUUGGAGAGAUAAGUGAUGUUCACAUGUGGGAUCGAGUCCUGAGUUCUCGGGAACUUAUGGAUGUUCUUUAUAAUAGGGACCUGUCUGGCAAUGUAAUUAAUUGGUAUAAUUUAACCUAUGAAAUGAAAGGUGAUGUCUUUAUACUUCCCCAACUAUGUAAAAUAAAUUACAGACCUGAUUGUUAUAAUACUGCCACAUAAGGACUUUGUACAGAAAACGUUUUCAAGCCAAAAUCCACCCUGUGCAGUAACAUGUGGGGAGAAGGAAAGUAAAUGGCGGAAAGCAAAUGAGGUACCACCAAACACCGGCUUUUCUACACCGGCUGAGGAUCUGCCACAUGCUUCUUAGCCUUACAAAUUCAAUAAUACAGCCUUGAUCCUAUGGGGCAAAUUCACUAAGCGUCAAUUCUCUAGCGUUGGUCAUUUUCGUUACUUCGCAAAUUCACUAA